AUGCCAAAAUCUAAAUCUCAUCCCUACCACUCUGACGAGAAGCGAAACCAGUUUGUUGGUGCCAUGAUAGCAGAUUCACAACUCACAAAGCACUCAAGGACCUUCAACAUUCCCUUCCACACUGUGCGAAAGAUCUGGAAGAAGUAUCGCGAGACCGGAUCCGUGUCCGACAGACCCAAGAGUGGUCGUCCGAAAAAGGUUACACCAGAGAUGGAGUCCGAGAUGGUGGAAACAGCGCGAGAGAACCGGCGGCUACCAUUUUGUGACAUUGGCGACAUGAUAGAUCCGCCUGUGGGCGCGACAACGGUUGCCAAUGUCUUGGAUGGUGUGGGGAUGCACCGACGGGUUGCGCGGCAUGUCCCAUACCUUACGGAGAAGCACAAGGAGGAUCAGAUGGCUUGGGCACGUCGAAACGAGGGGAUGCGGAUGCAAGGGUGGGAGCGGAUUCUGUGGUCGGACGAAUGUUACAUCCAUUUGACAGAGAGCUCAGGCCGGAUCUGGGUGACGCGCACAGUGGAGGAGGUUUAUGAUCAGGACUGUCUUGUCCCAGAGCUGAAGGACUCAUCGGUGCGUGUUAUGGUGUGGGGAUGUAUUGCUCAUGGAUGGAAAGGGCCGCUUGUGGUUUUGAAGUACCCAGGAGGCCCUGGCGGUGGCAUGACGGCGAAGCGGUACCAACAACAGGUCCUCGACAAGUAUCUUCUCAACACCAUGAAGACGCUUCGCGAAGAACGCGGCCGAUGCAUCCGCAUCUACUUCCAGCAGGACGGCGCGUCCUGUCACACUGCCAAGUCAACUUGUGACUGGCUGAAACGUCACAAAGUCCAUCUUUUCCCACACCCUGCCUGUUCGCCUGACGUUUCACCCAUUGAACCAGUCUGGCAUGAGCUCAAGAAGCGUGUCAGAUGUCGCCAACCGCGUCCUACAUCUUUCGAGAUGCUGAAAGCCGCCAUCAUGGAGGAGUGGGAUGCAAUGCCAAUUGAUGACAUCAACAAACAUACUGGACGGAUGAUUGACUGCGUACAGGCUGUAUUAGAUGCGGAGGGAGGUCAUACACAUUUCUAA